AUGGAUCGCCGGGACCAGGGCGAGGUUACAACAGAGAAUAUGACGAGCCUGCUGGCGCUACUGCCCGACGACGUGCUAACGGACAUAUUCCGACGCCUCCCGCCGCGGGGCGUCGCCACGUCCAGGUGUGUCUGCAAGUCUUGGCUCGCCAUCGUCGACGCCCACCGCUUGCUGCGGGCGGAUCUCCUCCCCUUGUCGUUCGAUGGGUUCUUCACGAACUUCUACAACUUCUACAUCUCGGAGUUCUUCACACCCCGCUCAGACGUCCCCUCCAUCUCCGGCAAGCAGGACUACCUGCCUAAGGCCGGUUCCCUUUCCUGGGGCUACAUAGACGGCCAUUACAAUGGUCUUGUGCUGGUCAACAGCUUCGACGGCAAUGGCGACAAGAAUCGUUAUGUUCUUAAUCUGGCAACUCGAUGGCUGGCACCCUUGCCCCCAUGCCCACCCUCGCCCAUGGAGAUCAAGGGUACCUUCAAAGUCGAGUACCUCGUGUAUGAUCCGGCCGAGUCGACAGACUUUGAGUUCGAGGUGGUCUCAAUUACCCGUUUUGGUCGGAUGUGCAAGCCUGGAGAUACACAUGACCAUGAGAUAGAACAAUCCGAGUGGACACCAUCGGUAUGCAUCUUAGAUGUCUUCUCAUCGACAACUGGACAGUGGGAGGAAAGGUCUUUUGCUCGAGAAGGUAAUUCUUUCAUGGGGACCGUGUCUGGCAUGAGGCAGGACUGGCUAAGCGACCAACACAAUGAUGUGUACUGCCGAGGAGCACUGUAUGUACAUUCUCAAAAUAAUUGUGUUAUGAGAAUAUCUUUGUCGAGUGAUAAGUAUCACGUGAUUAAACCACCACCGGGUAUUGAAGUCGAAGACUAUCCGGAAAUUUAUCUAGGGAAGUCAUCGAAGGGAAUUUAUUGUGCAUCAAUCAAGGGAAGAUGCAGAGUUCAAGUUUGGAACCUUGAUGAGUCAGGCUGUCAGAUGAAGUGGGUACUGAUCCAUGAUAGGGACCUUUCUAAGUGGUUGUUGAAGCAUAAGCUUGAGUAUCCAAUACCAUGCUAUGGUGCAAAAAUCCAAGGACCUUGGGCCUUGCAAGAUAUUAAUUACUAUUAUGAUGGUUACAAUAGUGAUCAUGAUAUGGAAGCACCAACAGAAGAGAAAAUUCAAUGGUCCCUACAAGCUUCUGAAGAUGAGAAAUUUACAUGGAGCUCUGAUGAUGAAUAUGGAUGCUAUGGUGGGUACAUGGAGAUUCUUGGGUUUCAUCCAUGGAAAGAAAUUAUCUUCUUGAGUGAAUCAAUUACACGAGGAUUGGCCUAUCACUUGAGUAGCUCCAAAGUUGAAGUCCUAGGAAAUAUAUAUCCAGCAGGAUAUGCGAAUGAAUUAGGAAAUGAACAAAUCUUAAAAUCAUCUUUUCCGUACACACCUUGCUGGCUUACACAAACCGCAGACGAGAGGAGUUGA